GGCACAUGAAUAACAGUUACUCCUCCUCCUCCUCCUCACUUCAUUGCGCAGUUUGGAUCAUGUUUAUCAAGCGCUCUUCUUUUCCCACGCACCUCUUCGCGGAAUUUUGCCCGUUUCGAGGGAAGUGUUUAUAGCAACCUGUGCGAGGAAGGGUUCGCGCGAAUGUCCCCUGUGUGCAAGGCUUCUCCGAACGACAUGAGGGUUAGAUCCCUCCAAGAGCUGGACAUCUAUGGUUCCUCUCUCCUCGCAUCCCAAGGCAGAGGGACUCAUUCCUGUUUCCGAUCCCAAUAAUUCCCCCUUCCCCCGAGUCCUUCCCUAAUUCAUGAGCCAGCAGGAUGCAUCGUCUGUGCGAGCCCUCUCUGAGCGUCUCCUCAUAGCCUCGCACAAGGGCCAAGCUGAUCAUGUGGUUCAGCUCAUCAACAAAGGGGCCAAGGUAGCCAUUACCAAGGUGAGAAACAUGUUGUCGCUCCACCCAUUUCUACACAGGGCUUGGAGCUUAUUCGUAUAAAAAUAUUUCAUUUCAAGAGCGUGGUCUUGACCCAAAUCGUCCAUGGGCCUGUGAAGUCCAUUCAUUCUUCUCUGGCGUCAGCCGAUCUUCAAAUGGACAGCGCGCACAAACUGCUUUAACCUUACCGUCACCUCUAAUGUUAGUAUUUGAAAUAAACUUUUAAAUGCAUAUGAUAAAGAUGUAUCAUGCAACAAUAAGAGACUGGGAAAUUGAUUGCAAGCUCAUUCAUAAAACAUUAUAUGCAUAUUUACUUUUGAGUUGAAGCAUUAUUUAUUAAAAAAUAAUUACUAUAUAAUAUUACAUUUACUCCCCCACUCCCAGCCAAAAUGACACACCCAUGGAUACCUGGGGUGUCACAUUGAAAGCUUCAGGGGUUUCCUUCACUGCAGGGUUUUAUCUGAUACGUGAAAGCCCCCCGGCCCCAUUUUCAGAGACCUCCACAGAUAAUUCAAGCGCAGACGACAAAUGGCCUCCUCACCAGGACAAUGGCGAGACCUGAGCACCUGCUGAGCAGUGAAGAAACGACGAGACAUGUCAGGAAACAGCCCCGAAAACAAAAGAGACCAGACCACCACUUUGAGUCAGGUUCUGAUUACAGUAGUACUCGUAUUCUACUAAAUCUUAUGACUGAAAAAUGCACACUCGAAAUCCUGUUCUGUGAGUGUAGAAAACAACCACCUUGACAAUUAAGGUUUACAUAAAAUAUCAAUAUAAUUAUUCAGGGACGUGAACAAAACGUCCCUCAGCUCCCUUCCUCUGCACCGUUACAUAAUCACUCCCACUAGUGCUGCGCGAUAUAUAUCCAACUUCAGAACAAGAAGAGGUUUUGAGCGCUUGAACUCAAGCUUUGAUCGCCGUUUAUUGUUUGUUGCUGCUUUUAUACAUCCUGGAUGAAUCUGACACUUUCUCGGUCUCUUCUAGGCGCUUCGCUCAUCAUGUGAGGUGAUUUUAACAUUCAUCUAGAUCACUUUUUUUAACCCCUUUCACAUGCCUGACAUCACUUCCUGAUUCCAUUUUUGUCUGCAUCUGAAUGCCACCCAGUAAUCAACACUUGCUGACCUCUGCCCUGUAGCAAUAAAGAUACCUAACAUGAGUUUAACUAGCCUAUGGCAGCUUACUAGGUCAGCUGGUUAUUGCUCUCGUACUGUAGUAUACUUUGAACUCUUUAAACAAAUAAAGAAAAGAAAGUAAUUUCUAUAACACUCAGUCGUUUUUACUUAAACCAAACCAAAGUUUUGAAUUGUGAGUUCAGUAUUUUGUCAUUGCAUUGAUAUGAGGACUUGAAGAUCUGAUAAUAUGCCAUUGGUUCGGAAAACAGGACAAGGAUAAGAAAAUAUCAAGCCAUAAUUGAGGCCAGGCAGCUAAACAAUCUUUAUAUUAAAGACAAAAAUGUCUCCUAAUAGCUUCAAAUCAACGUUUUUAUCUUUUAUCUUGUGCAUUAUUAUUCUGUGUCUAUUCAGCCACAUUUCAGGAACUUCACAAUUGUUAUUUUGUUAGUAUUCGUAAUAUAUAAUAUAAUAUUGUUAAUAUGAGACAGAUAAACAUUUAUAAUGAUGAAAGAUAAAAAUAUAAAAUAAUGUUGAAACUUGCGAACCGUAGGCAUGCCAACAAAACUAUUAUUAAAACCAAAAUUUGAGACUGAAUGACUAAAACAGCUUACAUCACACCUACAGUUUACAUUAUAUCUAAUAUUUGGACUUAUGCAUGUUUUAUUAACACUACAAAUACAGCAGCCACAGCGCACGUUGGGAAAAUAGGCAGCCUGGCAUUAGUGUUGUCUGUUUCGUAAGUCACAGCUCUGUGAUUAUUUCUCUUUGUGACAUGGUUUCUUGGCUGAAGUAGCAUAAGUCCGGUCCUCUGGGAGAUUAGUCAAUGGCUAAAACUGUAGAAAAGAGAACCGAUGUUUAUCCCGCCGGCUAUUUCAUGCAUUGCAUUUUAUUUAGUCUCGCUCAUUAUGUAAAUGGAUUAUUUGGAUUCGUGACAGAGCAUCUGCAGAGUUUACUCCGAGCUGUGCAUCACGGUCACGCUUGCCGUUUUAUCCCAAACACAUUCACUGGCUCCCGAUCAUUCAGCAUGUGUUUGUCCCAGUGCCUGAUAGUGUGUGUGUGUGUGUGUGUGUGUGUGUGUGUGUGUUGUUCGCAGAACGGCAGAACCCCUCUGCAUUUGGCUGCCUAUAAGGGCCACAUUGCCGUUGUGAGGAUUCUCCUGGCAGCUGGCUGUGACCUGGACGUUCAGGACGAUGGUGACCAGACGGCCUUACACAGAGCAGCUGUGGUGGGAAACGCUGAUGUCAUUUCAGCUCUCGUUCAGGAAGGAUGUGCACUAGAUAGACAAGACAAGGAUGGAAACACAGCUUUACAUGAGGCUGCGUGGCACGGCUUCAGUCAGUCUGUCAAGCUGCUAGUGAAGGCCGGAGCCAACGUUCACGCUAAAAACAAGGCAGGAAACACGGCUCUUCAUCUGGCGUGUCAGAACGGUCAUGCUCAGAGCUCGAAGGUCCUGCUGCUCGGCGGCUCUCCUCCUGACAGUAAGAACAGCGUCGGUGACACGUGUCUGCACGUAUCUGCUCGGUACAACCAUGUGAGCGUGAUCCGAGCGCUCCUGAGUGCCAUCUGCUCAGUGACCGAAAGAAAUCAUACAGGAGACACGGCUUUACAUAUAGCAGCUGCUCUGAAUCACAGGAAGACCGUACGCAUGUUACUGGAGACUGGGGCGGACAGCCGCAUCAAAAACAAUACGGGAGAGACGGCUCUCGAUCAGGCUCGUGAAAAUGAUAAUCCUGAGGUGGCGCUUCUGCUCACCAAAGCUCCACAGAGCUUCACCCGAGGACGCACUGUGAGGAAGAGGAGGGACAAGAUGAAGACUGAGGGUCGAGCGCAGUCAGUUCCACGUGAUGAGAUGCUGCCAAGGAAGGACAGUGUAUCUCCUGCGAACGACACUCCUGGCAGUGACAGCUCUCUCCGCCGGAAUGACACACAGACACGUGCCAACAGAAACACUGAGAAGAAAGUCAAAGAGAGGCUGUCACCGUCAGACGCCCUCAUUCGAAGACAAAAUAAACACAGUGAUCAUAAGAAGAAGAGUAAAACAGAAAGUUCAUCAGCCCUUCCUCCUCCUCCUCAUAACUACAAAGCGCUCCAGCUCUAUACUCUCUACAGAGGCAAAGACGGCAAGAUCAUGCAGGCCCCAUUGAAUGGCUGCAGAUGUGAACCUCUCAUUAACAAACUGGAGAAUCAGCUCAUGGCCACUAAAGAGGAGAUGCAGUCAGAGAUUCACACCGUACAGGAGCUCAUGAACAGCAAGAUGGGACAAAUGGAGCGCAAGAACAAACAUCAGAUCAGAGCUCUAGAUAAGAUCACUUUAGAGAGAGUGUCUGCUGAGAGGAUUGAGUGUUUACAUCGCAUUGACAAACGAGCCAUUCAGGAACGCUCGGAAGGAGAGAAAAGACAGGCGUCAGUGGUCAGCGAUCUCAAGAACUGGUGCCUUUCUAAGAUCCAAAGUUUGGAGACGCGUCUUUCUGGCGAUCGCAGCAGCACUAAGUUACGGCGUUCUUCGUCUCUCACCGACACGCUUUCGGAUUGUGAUCCCAGCUCGCACGCGUCCGGUGCCAAAGCCUGCUGUUCUCCCUCAGCAAACCAACCAGAGGCUGUGGCAGCGAGCACGAGUCCUGAGGACGGCUCAGCCGGGUACUAUGUGAUCGAGGUGGACCACGUCUCUCCGGAUAAGCUGUCAGCACAGAAUCAAUCUGCGCCCCAGUCUCCUUGCAUAGUCCGACCUAAGCAACGAUCCCGGGCCUGCAGUGACCCUCACCGGGAACAAGACGAGCCUCGGGACUUGAGUCUGGAGCUGAGGCCCGUUUCCGAUCAAUGCUCCGAGCGCAGGAACCUCAAAAGACGCAGCCAACAGAGAGCAAAGACCAAACAAAACGCUCAAACCACGACGGGUUCAGGAGACUCGCGCCCUGCCGAGGCUUCCUUCGCCCAGGAGCGGGAGAACAUGCACGCUCUGGAGGUCACGCAGUACUUUUUCGAGGCAGUGACUCUGCAGAUGGAGCGCUGGUAUGAACGCAAGAUUGAAGAAGCGCGCUGGCAGGCCAACCAGAGAGCCCAGGCCGACAGAGCCGCUCUGCUGGACAGAAUAAGCUACCUGGAGGAAGAACUCCGACUGCUGAGAACUAACAGACAGGAGGAGAGCUAGUACAGAAGAUAACGCUGGUGUAGCAGAAACACUGAGUGAAGUUCCACAGAGCAGCUAAAGCGUGAAGACGUCAGGAGAAGUAGCACCUGGACAGAUCUGGAGCCGGAACGUACUCCUUUCCAAGUCCUUGAAGCUGCACAAGUUUGAUUUCGUUUGCCGUCGCAUUCUUAGCGCUGUCGCGGGCAUUAGCAUAAACUGUGUGCCGAGUAACACAAGAAUGCACUUUAUAUACAUGCUGCCAGAGCCCUGUUCGAGGAUUUGUGUCUGGCUUUACAGAGGCUGCCAAAGAUCUGUUCAAUCUCCAGGGUUUAUCCUCGGCGUAGAUGCACUACAAAGAUGAGUGUGUUUUAUUGUUCUCAAUGAAGAAUAAGGCAUGAACUCUUUUAUUCCAAUACUAGUAAUCAGAUUUGUCGAAGGCGUCUAAAUGUUGCCACUACUUCGGAGGUUUUCCAGAUCAUGUAAACCGGCGAACGCUGUGAUAUACGAGCAAGUAUUAGUUUGUAUGCCUUUGGUCUUUUUUGCACAGAAUGUCUUAACUUGUGAAGUUUAAUCGAGGACUUAGAUGGUUUCAUCGUGUGCUCCGACUACGUUUCGCACUGUUUCGACGGUUUUUAAAUGUGUGUUUUGAGGCCGGCGGCGUGCAUCGGUUUAAAUCACUGAACUAUAGCGUCCGUACGAAAGGCCCACUUUUCACCGUCAAAUCAAACAUGAAUGUUAUGCUAAUAUGAUUUUUAACAUGCUGGUUCAUUCUCUCACCACUGAGCUUGAACGGCGCUGAACCUCUAAUGUGGAGGGGUUUUUUAAGUAUCGUCGAAAUGAUCAAAAUAUAAAAUAAUCACCGUUUCAAACUGCCAGCGACUAUUGAUGUUAAAGUAGCAAUCGUUCUCGACCGUCUUGACAAAUGUUAAUAGCGACUGUUUUUUUAUAUACAUGUACAGAUGCUAGAAUAAUUGUUUACAGCUGCUUCAAAGGGAACAUUGUUGUAAAAUUAAUGUUUAAUAAACUACUUCUGUGUGAUCGGUCACAAAUUAAUGUUUAAUAAACUACAUCCAAGUAACUUUGUGGAGAAAA